UUUUCGAGCGUCGGUUGUAGAGCACACAGCAUUAAGCGGAAUUAUAGAUCUAUAUAGUAUAAAGUGAUGCAUUGGUUGUGUCUGCUGCUGCUGGGAAUACAGUGCCUGCUAGCAGCGCCCAUCUACGAUGACAACAAAAGCCUCAACUUGAGCGCUAGCUGCCCGGAGAGCUUCUGCAGCCUGUGGGGCUUGCAGAGCGACUAUCGCCAGCCGCUGCGUUACUCGAAGGGUCAAGCUGUGCAGCUGCAGACGCUGCUGCUGGGCAACUGGCAGAUGAGAACGCUGCCCCUGGAGCUGUUUCGCCUGACGCCCAAUCUGCACAGCCUCCAAGUGCUCAACUGCAGCACUUACCAUGUGAGCAAAGAGCACUUCGAGGUGCUGCCUCAGCUGCGGCAACUGAUGCUGCAACGCAACAAGAUCUCACGAUUGACGGGACAGCAGUUCGCGUCGCUGCAGCAGCUACAGGUGCUGCAGCUGGACCACAACAUCAUACAGAUCGUGCCCUCGCUGGCGUUCGAGGGGCUAACGCAGCUGCAGCUGCUCGGUCUGCAGGGCAACGGCAUUACCGAGCUGAUGGCUGGCGCCUUUACUGCACUUGCAAAUCUAAUUCAUCUCGAUCUGAGCGACAAUGAGAUUAGCCAUAUGGAUGCAAAAACUUUCGAGAAGAAUAGCAAGCUGCAAACGCUGCUGCUCAAGGGCAAUUCGCUGGCCGAGUUUGAGCCCAAUUCGCUGGCGACGCUCUCCAGACUGCGCCUGCUCGAUCUGAGCGACUGUGAGCUGCAUGAGCUGUCGGAGCUGCAUUUGCUGGGCGCUCAGACGCUGCGGCUGGAGGGUAGCGGCGUGCAGCGCUUAAUCAUAGACGACGGCGUUAUCAAUCUGCUGGCAGGCAACAAUGCGCUGACGCAGCUCAGCAUUGGCGAUAAGAGCGCCGUCAUCGAGCUGGAUCUCCACGCCAAUCAGCUGAGCAGCAAUGCGACGUCGACGCUGCUGCAGGGCAUGUGGAACUUGCAACAUUUGGAUCUGGCCAAAAACAAUAUCGAAGCACUCUCCAGUGGCAGCAACUCGAGUGCUCUACUGUUGCCCAGUCUCUCGCAGCUGAAUCUGGCGCACAAUCAGCUGCGGCGCCUGCCGCCCGAUGCGGCGCUGUGGCCGACGCACUUGCUCCAGCUGGACAUCUCCUUCAACCAUCUGCUGACAGUGACUGCAGAGAGCUUUGCAGCGCUGCCACGCCUACAGCGUCUGCAUAUGGAGGGCAAUCGGCUACAGGAGUUCGAUUACGAGCUCUUCCAUCGCCAGCAUCCGCAUCUGCAGGAGCUGAGCAUCUGCGAUACGGAGCUUAGCUUUGUGCUAAUGCGCCGCAUAAUGAUCUACUUGAGCGAUCGUGGCGUCCACCUGCCUAUACGGUGCCUGCACAGAACGGACGGCAACAUGGAAACCAAAGAACCAGCUGCUUCAGAUGCUGCACUGGUCCAAACCCGCGCUGGCACCACCGGCAUCCAUCCAUAUUGGACGACACGUGACAUCCUGGCCUUCCUCACGCUUCUGGCAGUGUUCAUCAUACUGCUGAUGCAGCUCUACCGCAUACUGGACGAGGAGGGCUGCCUGCGGCGCAUGCACCUUUGGUUCAUGGGCAGGCAACCUGCCGUGGCCGAUGGCACCCGGACCAGGCGCCUCAACGAGGAGGACUCUGAAAGCUCUAGUGAUUAAACGUGAGACUACGUACACGCAGAGAAAACUCUAACACUAUUCAAUUGGCUAACUCAAGGUAAAGCUGUAAAAUAAAUAAUUUAAUUUUUUAUUUUAAGAAAUAAAAUAAAACGUAAAGUGAAUUGAAACAAUUUGAAAGAAAAUGUUGGGAAUAAAUAUGGAUAUGCAUAAAUUUA